AUGGCGGCGAUGAAGAAAUCAGCUGUGAUAUACCACUAUCCUUGUCCGGACGGCGCCUUCGCCGCCUUGGCCGCACACCUCUACUUCUCCCACUCUUCGUCCGCCGCCUCUCCUCCACCCCUUUUCUUCCCGAACACCGUCUACUCUCCUCUCAGAGCCGAUGAUUUACCGUGCGAUGAAAUCGAAAGCGUCUACCUUCUCGAUUUUGUGGGGCCGCCCGGUUUCGUCCAGCAGCUAUCUCCUAAAGUUGGGAGGAUCGUGGUCCUAGAUCAUCACAAGACUGCACUAGAGACAUUGGGUUCGGGCGCAUCAGAUAGUGGAAAUGUGACUAAAGUGAUUGAUAUGGAGAGGAGUGGAGCAACUAUAGCUUAUGACUAUUUCAAGGAGAAACUCUUUGGUGUGGGAGCCAACACUGCCAAAGGCACUGCCUUUAGUGAAUUUCGGAGGAUGCGGAGAAUGUUUGAGUAUAUUGAGGAUGGUGAUUUGUGGAGGUGGUGCCUUCCCAAUAGCAAGGCGUUUAGCAGUGGCUUGAAAGAUUUGAACCUUGAAUUUAAUGUCAAAUUGAAUCCCUUCUUGUUCCAACAAUUGCUCUCGUUAGACCUUGACACAUUAAUAAAUCAAGGUAAGUCAAGCUUGGCGCAUAAACAGAAUCUUAUAGAUGGGGUGCUUGAGCAGUCAUACAAAAUCACACUUGGUGGUGAAGCUCACGGGCAGUGCUUGGCUGUCAAUGCAGAUUCCAUACAGCGAUUAAGGAGUGAGCUUGGGAAUCUAUUAGCUAAUAAAAGCCUGAAGAUGAACUUAAGGGGGAUUGGAGCUGUUGUGUACAGAGUACCCGAGCUUGGAAAUGACCGACUGUUGAAAAUUAGCCUAAGGAGUACUCCGGAUGAGGACACCACACCCAUAUCUCAGAAAUAUGGAGGCGGAGGUCACAAGAAUGCCAGUUCAUUCAUGUUGGACACUGAAGAAUUUGAAAAAUGGAAGGUUUCUGUUCGAUAA